AGGUUUAGUGAAGACUGUGAGACUCAGUCAUGGCUGCAACUGGCUCCUUUCGGAUGGUUUCAGAGGAGGAGCAGUCAAUGAGGUCCAAACUGGAGCAUCUGACGGUGAAGGACCAUGGCCCUGUGUUUGGACUGUGCCAAAAGCUGCCCCCCCACACGGUACAGAAGGCUAAGGAUGAGCUGAACGAGAUGCCGGAGCAGAAGGGGGCUUCUUUGAAAGAGCUGCGGGCCCUGAUGCGACAGCGUGCUGACGGGGACGACCUCGGUACACUCAUCCUGGACAACUUCGAGAAUAAACCUGAUGCUCUGCUCCUGCGCUUCCUCCGAGCACGCAAGUUUGACGUGUCCCGCGCCCACGAGCUCAUGAAGGGCUAUGUGCGCUUCAGAAGAGAGUACCCCGAGCUGUUUGAGAACCUGACCCCCGAGGCGGUCCGCAGCACUGUCGAGGCGGGUUAUCCUGUGGUGCUCCCCAGCAGAGACAAGUACGGCCGUGUAGUGCUGCUCUUCAACAUCCACAACUGGGACCUGGAGGAGAUCACUUUUGACGAGAUCUUGAGGGCCUACUGCGUGAUCCUGGAGAAGUUGCUGGAGAACGAGGAGACUCAGAUCAACGGCUUUGUGCUCAUCGAGAACUUCAGAGGCUUCACCAUGCAGCACGCCUCGGCAAUCAAGCCUGCUGAGCUUAAGAAGAUGGUGGACAUGCUGCAGGACUCGUUCCCCGCACGGUUCAAAGCUGUCCACGUGACCCACCAGCCUUGGUACUUCACCACCACCUACAAUGUGGUCAAACCCUUCAUGAAGAGCAAGCUGCUGGAGAGGGUCUUUGUCCACGGAGACGAGCUGGACAGUUACCUUCAGGAGUUUGACGUGAACAUCCUUCCCUCAGACUUCGAUGGCAAAUCACCUGUGAUGGACUACUGUGCCAUUGCCACCAAGCUCUUCGGCUCCGAGGACACAGCACUCUGA